GACGGCGGGUCAGCUGACAGCUAUCAGAGGACCCGGAGGAAGGAGCCGAAUUAGCGGUGUGUGGACUGGGACCCACUGGAUCCUGACAUAAGCUGUAUCUAAAACCAAACGGGGAGGAAAAGGGGGGAUUGGCGGCGUCCGAGAGUGAACUAGGGCGGGGUUUGGUUUUCACCAUGGCCAGUUAGGACUGAGAAGCAGCCACAAUGAUUGGAGGACUGUUUAUCUACAACCACAAGGGGGAGGUCCUCAUCUCUCGGGUCUACAGAGAUGACAUAGGACGUAACGCGGUAGAUGCCUUCCGCGUCAACGUGAUUCACGCCAGGCAGCAGGUUCGAUCCCCGGUGACCAACAUCGCUCGUACCAGCUUCUUCCACGUCAAGCGCUCCAACAUCUGGUUGGCGGCGGUCACCAAGCAGAAUGUCAACGCCGCCAUGGUGUUCGAGUUUCUGUAUAAGAUGUGUGACGUCAUGACCGCUUACUUUGGCAAGAUCAGCGAGGAGAACAUCAAGAACAACUUCGUGCUCAUCUAUGAGCUGUUGGAUGAGAUCCUGGACUUUGGCUACCCUCAGAACUCAGAAACUGGAGCUCUGAAGACCUUCAUUACCCAGCAGGGCAUUAAGGGACAGCUCCAGACAAAAGAGGAGCAGUCUCAGAUCACCAGCCAGGUGACGGGGCAGAUCGGCUGGCGUCGUGAGGGCAUCAAGUAUCGCCGCAACGAGCUUUUCCUGGAUGUGCUCGAGAGCGUCAACCUGCUCAUGUCACCGCAAGGUCAGGUCCUGAGCGCUCACGUAUCGGGCCGAGUGGUGAUGAAGAGCUACCUGAGCGGGAUGCCCGAGUGCAAAUUUGGGAUGAACGACAAGAUUGUCAUCGACAAGCAGGGCAAGGGAGGAGCCUCGGACGAUGCAGGGAAGAGUGAUUUAGGGGGAGGAAGCGGGAAGCAGUCCAUAGCCAUUGACGACUGCACUUUCCACCAGUGCGUGCGCCUCAGUAAAUUUGACUCUGAGCGGAGCAUCAGCUUCAUCCCCCCUGAUGGAGAGUACGAGCUCAUGAGGUAUCGCACCACUAAGGACAUCAUCCUGCCUUUCCGGGUUAUUCCUCUGGUCAGGGAAGUUGGCCGCACUAAACUGGAGGUCAAGGUGGUCAUCAAGUCCAACUUCAAACCCUCGCUGCUGGCCCAGAAGAUUGAGGUGCGCAUCCCAACACCCCUCAACACCAGCGGCGUGCAGGUGAUUUGUAUGAAGGGAAAAGCCAAGUACAAGGCCAGUGAGAACGCCAUCGUCUGGAAGAUCAAACGCAUGGCCGGGAUGAAGGAGUCUCAGAUCAGCGCUGAGAUUGAGCUGCUGCCGACCAACGAUAAGAAGAAAUGGGCCAGGCCUCCCAUCUCUAUGAACUUUGAGGUUCCUUUCGCUCCAUCUGGUCUGAAGGUGCGCUACUUGAAGGUGUUUGAGUCCAAGCUCAACUACAGUGACCACGACGUCAUCAAAUGGGUGCGGUACAUCGGCCGCUCCGGCAUCUACGAAACCCGCUGCUAAAGUCGACUCCCACCGGGCAGCGAACUGACCACUUCCUCUCAUCUAUCCCGUUAUCAAUUUUUGUUUUCCUUCUUCUUCUCCUUCUGCUCCUUCCUACUUUGUGUCUCCUCCCUUCUAUCCUUAUAGCUCUUCUCAAACACCCCCCCCCCCCCCUCCCCUCUUCUUAACUAGGUGUUGGAGAUUGAAUUUACAUCGUUAAAAAAAAAAAAGAAAAAAAAAAACAGUAAAUAUGGUAUAAUGCACAGAUAUAUGCAAAAUGUGAACCAUUGUAUCGUAUAUCUUGUAGUGAUGAGUAAACCUGUAAACCAACUGGUGUCCGAAAGAAAAAGACAAGUGAUGCAGGGGACCAGGGGGACGAGGGCGUGGCAUUUGGCGUCUUUCGGGGUGCUCCGUCGUGUUCGUUUUAACGUUUUCCUUCCACUACCUGCUCUCCUACUUUAGACGAAUUAGACCUAAUCCCCCCCGCUGAGAUGAUCUGUAGCCGUCGUGAUUUUAAAACGAAUCCUGAUCUAGUUCUUCUUGUGAACUUUUUCGUCCAAAAACCCAAUCAUCUGUUUCCGUAUCGUGGACCGGUUUCGGUAUUUUGUCUUUUCCGGCGAUCUGGAUCUCAAGUAUUUUCUCUCUGCCACUAAACAGCAGGAUGAGGGAGUAAACCCGUUUUCAGCCGUAGUGACGUGGUUCCGAUGAGCGAGCAGACAGUGACCCGUCUGUUUUAUUUCGUGCUUCUCGGAGAGACUUCAUUGCGUUUCUUUCCUUCGCCGCUUUUCCUCAGUUUCAUUUGCCAGCGUUUCAGUGUAGCGAGUUAAGGGUCAAAGCCAAGCCAAAAACGCAGGAGAACAUUCCAGACAGAUUUGAGGGUUGGACCGUCGUCCCGGUAAGUUAGGUAUGACCUUUUUUUUU